CACAUGCUGCAUCUUAAUUUGCAAAGUGGAAUGCUAUAGCUUAGCCAGAGUCAGUUUCUGCAGGGAAAACAAGCACUUUGAGUUAUGGCAGCUAAUCUCGAAAUAACUUUAGAUGUUCUUGACAACUCGGGACAGCAGCAACAACCUCAUGAACUACUACCUGCAAUUAAUCAAGAAUCAGAUUAUUCACAGGCUAUACUGCUACCUCUGCAAGAUUAUAGUACUCCUAAUACUACAAGGUCAACAAAACUGAAGUUUGCUGUUCUUGUAUGGUCAACAAUUGGGGUAACUUGGGAACUUGUCCGUGUGCUGUUCCGCUGGAUCUCUAGUUGUUGGAAAACAAUCUUUGUCAUUUCAUGUGUGCUUGCUGUUUUAAUGGAUCCUUUGUUCCUCUACACUCCUAUCAUGCACCAUGAUAUUAACCAUGAAAUCAAGUGCUUAGGGAUCGACAAGAAAUUGUAUAAUAUAGCUACUGGUUUAAGAUCGGUCACGGAUCUCUCUUACUUGGUGGACAUUUUUGUUCAAGUUUAUACAUAUGAGAUGGUUUCGCUAUUAUACAUACUAAUUGACGUUUUAGCUGUUCUCCCACUUCCACAGAUCGUAGUUCUCAUAUUCUUUACAAAGGCAAAGGACUGGAUAUCUUUAAAUUUAAGUAGGAAGAUCUUGAUGAACUGUUUGGUUCUGGUGCAAUAUAUUCCACGAAUUCUGCGCAUCCACAUCUUAUGCAAGGAACUAAAAAAUUCUCUUCAUGGAGAAGUCGGACUAUGGGCUAAAUGUUUACUCAACUUCCUCCUAUACCUCCUUUCCUGUCAUGUACUAGGAGCUUUGUGGUACUUUUAUGGCAUUCAAAAGAUGACCACUUGCUGGCAAUAUUCAUGUCAUCUCGAUCAAAUAAAUGGAUGCAAACCUUUGGUGUUUGAUUGUGACUAUGAGUUUAGAGAUUCCACACGGUGCCCUGUAAAGCCACCAAAGGCGACGGUAUUUGAUUUUGGUAUAUUUCUUGGAGUACUUCAGCCUGAUAUAUCAGGGUCAAAGAAUUUUGUGAAAAAAUUCUUGAACUGUUUUUCAUGGGGCGUGCGAAAUUUGAGUUCCCUUGGUUCAAACCUUGAGGCUAGUAGCGAUACAGGCGAAAAUCUCUUUACGGCUGCUAUUUCUGUAAUUGGCUUUUUACUAUUUUUAUAUCUCAUUGGGAAUUUGCAGAGUUAUAUGCAGUCGAGCAGCGCAAGAAGAGAGGCGCAUGACCACAAGAUGAGAAUUGAAAGUAAGUUGGAAGAGAAAGGUCCAGAGAUAGAAACAUGGUUAUCAGUAAGUUCCCCAUUUAUCCCUGUAAAUUCUAAGGAUAACAUAAAGUCACAGAUCAUGAGAAAGGUAAAACAAGAACUUGAAGGCAAUAGGGAAGUUGAUGUGGAGGAUAUCCUCUCUAUUCUUCCCUUGGAACUUCGAAGCUAUAUCCAAAGUUAUACCACCGUCGGAAAAUUAAAGACAGUGCCAAAGCUUCAAAAUAUGGAUGAAAUGGUGCUACAAGAAAUGUGCAAGCAUCUGAAGCCCAUGAGCUAUAGUGCAAACAGCUAUAUAAUUCGAGAGAAGGAACCGCUUAACAUUAUAUUGUUGAUCAUGGAUGGAACUGUUAAGGUUGAAAGCAACACUAAUGCGUUUGCAUCGACCAUGUGUGAAAGAGGAGACCUUUGUGGAGAAGAACUUGUAGAUUGGGCAUCAGAUCCUUUGUUUCCUAAAAUAUUACCAUUUUCCACCAUUACUGUCCAGGCCAUGAAUAAUGUCGAAGCUCGAGUUCUCACGGCAAGUGAUUUGAAUACUGUAGUCUCUUUAUUCUGGCAGCACUUCAGCGAGAGCGUGUUUGCCCCUCCACCUGACCUUGUUAGGUUUAAUCGACUAAAUUUGCCUCAACUCAUAUCUGCACUACAUGUUGAAACUGUGUAA